AAUUUUGUGGUCAAACCCUAGAAACACAAAUCUCAUUUUCCCCCAAAUUAACAUUCAUUCACUUUGUACUUGCCUCAAUUUUCACUCUUCUAGACACGCAGAUACAUACACCUAUACGUACACCUAGAUAUAGUACAUCACAUGCAUACACGUUCAGCCAUUAUUGAUGCAAGAGUCGUGAGGAUCUGGUGGUGAGCUCGAUUUCACGCUUUCCGUUGCAGAAUUCGAAAGAGUGCCGUGCAGGGUAUGUAGAGGGAGAUCUUGGACUGGAUGUGGUGGUUUCAUUGCUACUUUAUGGUCCUAUCAGGGUAAAUAUCUACCCCUUGCGACACAAAUAAGAAAAAUAUAAAAGAAAACAAGAUGCCAUCAACAAGCAAAGCUGAUAAGAAGGCUGCAGUUGACGCGGCUGCAUGGAUGUUCAAUGUAGUCACUUCAGUUGGGAUCAUAAUUGUCAACAAGGCACUAAUGGCUACUUACGGCUUCAGCUUUGCGACAACAUUAACUGGUUUGCAUUUUGCUACCACAACCUUGAUGACGGUUGUUCUAAGAUGGUUGGGUUACAUUCAGCCUUCUCAUCUACCAUACUCGGAGCUUCUUAAGUUUAUCUUCUUUGCAAAUUUCUCCAUUGUCGGGAUGAAUGUCAGCUUAAUGUGGAAUUCAGUGGGAUUCUACCAGAUUGCAAAACUGACUAUGAUACCUGUCUCCUGCUUGUUGGAAGUUGUGUUUGACAAGAUCCGCUAUUCGAGAGACACAAAGCUUAGCAUCUUAAUUGUUCUCCUGGGUGUUGCAGUCUGCACAGUUACUGAUGUGAGUGUUAAUCCCAAAGGAUUUGCUGCUGCAUUUGUUGCAGUCUGGAGCACAGCACUACAACAGUAUUAUGUUCAUUAUCUUCAAAGAAAGUAUUCCCUUACUUCCUUCAAUCUACUGGGACACACGGCACCAGCCCAGGCUGGAUCACUAUUGUUGUUAGGCCCGUUUCUAGACUAUUGGUUGACAAGCAAGAGAAUCGAUGAGUUUCAAUUUCAUUUUCCAUCUCUAGCGUUCUUGAUCCUGUCAUGUACUAUUGCAGUAGGAACAAAUCUCAGCCAGUUCAUCUGCAUAGGCAGAUUUACUGCUGUUUCCUUCCAAGUCCUCGGCCACAUGAAGACCAUCCUUGUACUGAUCCUGGGCUUCCUAUUCUUCGGGAAAGAGGGUCUGAACAUACAAGUAGUCGUUGGCAUGAUCAUCGCUGUCAUUGGGAUGAUCUGGUAUGGCAACGCCUCAUCGAAACCCGGUGGCAAAGAACGACGCAGCCACUCAAUGUCCAGAAACAGUCAGCAAAAGCACGGAGGGUCGCCAGAAUCCUCUGAAGCCGAUGAAAAGGUGUAAAACUCUCGAACAGUUGACAUUUUUAGCACACGAAAAAAGGUUAGCGCACACCAUGAUUCUUUAAUGGUCUGACUCUAGAUACAGUGGAAACUCCUAAAUUGGUUAUUUUAGUAGAGUCUUCUCUCAUACAAGAGCACAACUGAGGAUUAAACAAGAACAUGAAAUUUUGUAUUGCUGAUAAAAUACCGUCUCUUCUCUACCCCUACUCGUGUUAAAAUCGCCCCUUACUCAUCGGGUUUUUCGCCCCGUGGUGAUUAUUUAUAGUGACAUCAAACUCCUCAUAAUUUAUAGUGUCGUUUAUAUUUUUUUACGGGUGUUGUAUGGCCUAUGAGCGUUUUUGCCUAUUGGUGUUGUGUAUUUUGUUUAUUUAUGUAAAAUUUGUUUGAGUUUUACGUUGUAAUGUGUAAGAACUAAGAACCAAGAGAGAUUUUUGGCCUUUUCUUAUA